AUGGGAGCUGCUGACGCGCUGAGAGGGAGGAAGGCGCAUAUCGGCAUGAUGAUGGAUCAUCAGGGCAUGCUCAAUACCACCGCUGCUGCAGGCAGUAGUAAAAACCCCAGCGAGAAGGCUAGUAACGAGGGUGGUGCGGCUAAUAACGAGGAUAAAGACCCAGCUGGUGCUGCUGACGAGGAUGAGGAUGAUGAUGACGAGGCGGGCGGCGGGGGGCUGUCGAGCCGGAGGAAGGAAGCUGCGCGGAAGCUUCAGCAGUGGAGGGAGUUUUUCAGAGGGGUGGUUCUGGUGCUGCACUUUAGCAGGCCAGUGCGCGCAUGGCAAACACUGGAAUUCUGGCGCCACGUGUACGGUCGCGUGUUUGACGAUAUGGUGACAGUUUCAACGGAAGCAAUCCCCGAGCUGGGAGUCAUUGCGGCCACACCCUCCCCUGCUACCAACACUGAUGCUUCUCUCUCCUACACCGCCCUCCCCACCAUCAUGGAGCAACACGCCUCAGCCUCGGGCUUCCUCUGGCUGGGCGACGAAGCAGUCUUGAACUACUGGGCUGUUGCUGAUACCCCCCUUGACAAGAACAAAAUCUGGUACCUAAACUCUUCCAACCCCAACCACCUCCUCACCCUCCCCCUCGACCAACCGCCCUCCGCACCCAUCCGCACCGCUCUGGACCCAUCGGAUCUCCCCACCCACAUCUCCACAUCGCUCUCGCACCUCUCUGAAUCCCUCCGAGCCCAGCUGGACCGCUCUCUCUGGCCGCGCCACCACUCCUUCCCCCUCGCCGCCUCCCCCUCAUCGGCCUUCUUCAUUCCACAGCGGCUGGUGGAUUCAGCUGCUCUGCACGUCAUCCCUGUGUUUGCUGCUGAAGCCAUACCCGCACAGGUGGCCAUUCCUCUUAUUCUCUUCACACUCGAACAUCCAAAACUUUACGACCCUCGAGGAUUUACCGAUGCUAGAGUUAUAAACCCCCAAGUUAGCCCGGAAACGCAACUGCAACUGCAGCAGCAGGGGCAGCAGGGACAGGGAGGCGAUGAUCCAAUCUCGGAUCAUUCCUUCGCCAUCCGCGUUGCCCUUCGCUGCACAGCCAAUGCGAAGAUUGGUCCAGGGGUUUGGAGGCUUCCUAUUCACUCGAUCAACAGACCGGGGGUGAGGAAAGUAGUGGAGGCAGCAGUGAAUCAGGCUGGGGGUGAUUUUGUUUUACUACUGGCGAAGCUGAAUGCUGGUCUCAAGGAGUAUGCUAAGGAGGAGAUUAAAAGGGUAAAAGCGACGCUGCGUCACCUGUCAGAUGCGGUGGGGAAGCUGAAGCAGGCGGUUCUGGGUGCACCGGCUUGUCCGCGGUUGCGGGAACUCCUGAAGGUGCGAGAGACACAGCUGAAGGAGUACCAAGCCACUCGCCGUGACAGAUUGCAUCUGAUGGCGGGCUAUGGGGAGGAGCUAAAAGGGGAGGUGGUUUCGAAGCAUCUCUCUGCAAGAAUCAAAACCAGAAAGAAACGCACGCAUAUCGCGGAGCUCAGGGUGAAUGGUGCAGCGGUUAGAGACAGACACGGCAUCCUCAAGGAAGCUGCAAAUUUCUACACGGGGUUGUUCGGGGCGGACAAGCGCACACACCAGUCCAACUGGUUGCCUGAUCGUCGGCUGCCGGCAGCGGAAGCAGAGGAGCUGGUUCGGGAUUGGUCAGAGCAGGAGGUCAGGGACGCAAUCAAUGCUCUUGCAUGUGGGAAAUCGCCGGGGCUGGAUGGCAUCCCGAAUGAGUUGUUCGAGCUUCAUUGGGAUCUCCUCGGUGACAGCUUCAUGAGGCUCGCCCGCUCCUUCGCGGCCUCGGCGUUGCUUCCUACAAGCACGAAGGAGGCAGUCACGAUUUUGCUACACAAGAAGGGUGAUAAAGAUCUGCUGGCUAACUAUCGCCCAAUAACAUUGCUCAACUUUACCUACAAGGUGCUGGCGAAGGUGGUUGCCGACCGGAUGAAGUAG